AUGCACCAGAAGGAAGUCGACCAGCUUCUCGAGUUGCAUCGUCCACUACUACUUCUCAAUGAGGUUGAUUGCACUCCCUGGACCAUACUCCAGGACAACACGAACUACGUCAACGGGCCUGAAGAGUUGGCCGCUUGGCGCACACAGGUCCGUCCCAUGAUCGAGAAGAUGGUUCGCUGGUGUGAGAAGCAGGACGAAGAAGGCCGAUACUGGUUGAUUGAAAAUCCAGAAAGAAGUCGAUUAUGGCAGGAAGCAGCUCUUUCACGACUUCUUCAACGACCUUCCUCACAGAUUGUCACUUGCCAUGCAGGCGCCUAUGGAGCGCUCAACUCCAAAGGCGCGAUGAUCCGCAAGGGCCACAACUUUGCAGGCAAUUGUCCACUUGUAUUAGCACAUCUUCAGAAGAAGCUGUCUCAAGAGCAACAACGACUGUGUACUCCCCUCGAAGGCCGCGAGACGAGCCUGAGCCAGGAGUACUGCCCAGGCCUUGUACGGGCCAUCGUCACUGGGCUACUUGAUACAGCACAACACCAUGACCCAAACCGUUUCCACACUGCCUCCAAAACCUUCUCUACAUAUGCAGUCGACCGAUUCCAAGUGAAUGAUGAUCUUGACAGUUGGCAACCCAUUCUCGACAUGGUCGAACGACUGUUCAAGCACACCACACAGAGGACCUUGUUGCUGCCACAUUCAGAUCCCGUGUGCCAGGAAGUUAAGAAGCUCGUUCCCUGGCACAGCAUCGAGAGGAUCCAAGUGGCUAUUCAGCCAACAUUGCACCGUUUUCCAGCGCACAUCCCACAUACACAUCGGGGUUCAGCACUACUCUACAACGAUGGCACCAUAGAGAUAGUGACCGAAGACCUUGCCGAACUGAGGUUUCCAAAAGGCCGAUUUCAAAAACCAGUUAACAUUGGCAUUUUCUGGUUUGGCCUGGCAUUACCUAUCGAACAACAAGCUCAGCCAUCGGUGGAAGUUCAACCACCGGUAGAACCUCCACCACCACCAGACACAGUGGAUGACAACCCAUUGCACCGGGUUGGCAUGGAUGAAAUGGACAUUUCCUUUCCACACGACAGGAAGUACGACCAAAGCACCAAGACGGUGGUAUCACGCCUCCACCGUAACCUUGGCCAUCCACCGGCCACCGAGCUCAAGAAACUUUUGGCGAUGAAUGGCAUCAAGAACCAAACCAUUUUGGCAGCCGUGGACGACAUGACUUGUGCAUCAUGCCAACGCGCAAGGAUGCCUACCAGACCUUCACCAGCUGCCAUUCCAGACACAGGCUUGCGGCAGUUCGCCGAUUCCAUUCAGCUCGACAUCGUGUACAUCAGAGACAUCGCUGGAAGCAACUUCCCUGUCCUGGGGGUGAUUGAUGAAUGCACCCUCCUUCACCAAGCCGCAGUGUUGGACAGCCGGUUGCCCAGUGAAGUGCUCAAGAAGUUCAUCAGGAUUUGGGCACAGCCUUUUGGCUAUCCCCUCAUCGCACGGCUGGACCCAGAUGGCAGUUUCCGUGGUGAAUUCGAAGAGUUCAUGGACACCACCGGAACACAGACUGACUUCAUACCUCCUGAAGCACAUCAUCGACUCGGCUUGAUCGAAAGACACAAUGCCACACUUCGUGACAUAGCCGAAAGAAUCAUAGACUCCAAUGCCAUCACAGGUCCAGAACAGAUGGAGCUCGCCAUUACCAACACGGUCUUCUCCAAGAACGCUUGCACUUGGAGCACAGGCAGACCACCCUUCAUAGCAGCAUUUGGCAGAAUUCCACGGCACGGAGGGCUUGACCUGCUCUCUGAUGACCACAGCCUGACCACAGGGACCAACACAGUGAAAAUAGCCAGAGAACAAGCAAGACAGGCCUACGGCGAAGCUUGGAACCCAGAUCCCACCGAUCUCCGAGCUCUUCGUUCAGCCUCCGAGAACAUCAGAAGUGGGUUGUUCGAGGACGAAACCCUGCCAGUGGCCGAUGACCCCGACCAGAACUACGACAACCAGCAAGCAUACCAGCGACAGCUGCAGGCUCUACAUCCAGCCGCAUGCUUCCAGCCAAACGGCCAGGAGAAACCGCACUCCUCGCUUGCAACAGUGCACACAGCACAGGGCAAUCCACAUUGCCAACCGACUGCUAACACGGUGGUCAGAGUUCAGCAAUACAGCCCAGAGCAUUGCAAGUUUCACCGCACAGCUCAGCAAGCACCAAUGAAUGCCUCCGACGAGGGCAUUACAUUGAUCGACAAACACUUUGACGGCACCACGGACAUCUACAUGCCAUACCCACACACAGCCUGUUUCCAGGCUUACAAAGCCAGUGCCUCAUACACAGGCGAUGGCGUGAGCGAUGACACCGAUGCUUCCCAGGACAACAUGUCCACCUCCGUGACGCCAGGUCAACCACUUACACGACAACAGCAAAAGGCCCUAGACAAGGAGCUGCCCUGGCGUGUCAUAGUUGACAAAGGUGGCCGCAAUGGCAAGAUGAACAGAGAUGGAGCAACCUGGCAUCUCUGGUGCGGAGAUGUGAAGACUGCCUUUCUCCAGGGGCAGCCUGAGCCUCGUGAAGAACCUCUGUACCUUGCUCCGCCUAGAGAUCAGAUCAGCAUCCUGGCCAAGGUUUUCCCCGCUUCCUUGUACUUGGUGAAAGGGAACAUCUACGGGCUAGCUUCCGCUCCUCGUACAUGGACCAUGCAUGUUUGCAGGUGCCUCAAACAGAGCGGUUGGGAUCAACACAGCCUGGACAAGAUGUUUUUCAGUUUGUAUCGAAAAGUCAAGGGCUUCGAUUCAGAGAUCCUUAUUGCAGUUGCAGUGGUUUACGUUGAUGAUUUUCUUGUCAGCUAUAGUGACCACUUCAACAAAGACGAGCUUCUUAGCAUGUUCAGUUGGGGAAGUCAGUCAACAUUGACCCCUGAGACACCGCUGGACUUCAAGGGAAAGGAGAUCCAUUUGCGCUACGACAAUGAACGACAGUUCUUUGCAUUGGAUCUCAAACAAGAGAAGUUCAUCAAGGCUUUUCGAAGCGGCUGCAUCAAGCGCAAGAAGACCGAGAGUCUUCGACCUUAG